AUGUGCGCGAAAUUCGUUUGUGUUGUGCUGCUGGCCAGCCUCGUGUGCGGCUCUUUGGCCCUGCCCUCGCAGGACAGCGGUGAGCGUGACCUGGUCAAUAUGCUGAACCGCCUGGAUAACGAGGAAUCCGUGCCGCUCUUUGGCGGCCUGCGGAUCGAUCGAUCGGAGACGGGUCGCAGCUUUGGGGCCGGCAAGGCCGUCGAGUCCUUUGAGGAUCGCGCCGAGCGUUACCUGGAGACCCACGAGCUGAACCUCUCCUUCUCCGGCGAUGAGCAGGAGGAGAACACCGAGAACGAGUACACCGGACGUGCCAUGGAGGAAUCCCGCAGCAAGCGCAUGAAGAAGAUGCUCCUGCCCCUGCUGUUGGUCCUGAAGCUGAAGAAGGCCAUCGUGGUCAAGGUUAUGUUCACCAUCAUCAAGUUCAUCUCGCUGAAGGCUCUGGCCAUCUCCUUCCUGGCCCUCAUUCUGGCUGGUGCCACCUUCUUCAAGGAUCUGUUGGCCAAGAAGAAGGAACAUAUCACCACUGCCUACAUCACCGGCAGCCCCCUGAAUGCCGACAUUGUGCACUCCGACUGGAGCCGUAAUGGUCAGGCUGGUGCCGCCGAUUUGGCCUACAAUCAUUAUGGUCUGGCCCAGCCCUUCUAA